UACCAUAUCGACAAACAAUCUUUCUUCUUUAUUCUCCAAUUAAUCAUAAUUGAUAAUUAGUAAUCUUCCUUCUUGGGUCAUCCUAAUCUCUUUUCAGUACCCUCAUGAUAAUACCAAACAAACAAUCUUUUUUUCUUUUGCGCAAUUGAUAAUUGUCGGUUCAUUCAUACUUCUUUUUUCUUUUGCAUAAACGUUUCUUGUUUGUGAAUCUAAUAUCAUUUGGAACUACUUUUUCUAUACAACCCAUCAAAAAAGAAGGAAAAAUCUAGAAUGGAGGUUGCUAAUAACUUGAUUGGAAAAGCCGUGGAUUUGCUGUUCGGAGUAGUUAAACAGGAGAUUGACUACGUCCGGAAUUGUACUGAAAAUAUUGAUAAGCUGAAGAAUGAAACUCAAAAGCUGAAUGAUAUGAAGGGCAUGGUUCAACAACGAAUCAAUGUAGCUAAAGAUAAAGGAGAUCGUCUCUUAGAUGGUGUGCAGAAUUGGAUCGAAAAGGCCGAAGCUGAAGUAUUUAAGUCCGGGGAGUUUCUUGAAGGAGAAGCUAUUGCCAAGAAGACAUGCUUCAACUCACGACUAUGUGUCAAUUUGGGCACCCUUCGUCAUUACAGUAAGAUGGCAACAUCAAAGACAAGUACUAUUCUACAGAUCCACGAAGAUGGCAAAACAUAUGAGAGUUGUGUCUCCAUUGCUGCUCCCACUCCAAGUAUCCUAGACCUAUACGAACGCAAGAAUCUUGAUGAUAUCGAUACACACAAGUUUACUUUGGGUGAAAUCAUUAAAGCUCUCUCAGAUGAAAGCAUACAAAUCGUUGGAAUCUUCGGCUCAGGAGGCGUAGGAAAAACAACAUUAGCGAAGGAAGUUGUUGCAGAAGUGAAGAAUCUAUUUGCAGAUAUUGUGUUUAUAACCGUCUCAAAAACUGUAGACGCUACAAAGAUUCAAGAAAAGGUGAAUAUAGCAGCAAAGCGAAUAAUCAAUGGGGACAAGGUUCUAAUCGUUUUAGAUGACAUAUGGGAGGAGCUAUUACUCUCUGAUGUGGGCAUCCCGUGUGGGAAUAACCACAUGAACUGCAAGAUUUUGUUAACAUCAAGAAGCAGAAAUGUAUGUGAAGCAAUGAAUGUGCAACGUAAUAUCUGUGUAAACACUUUGACUGAAGACGAAUCGUGGAUACUUUUUAAACGUGUGGUUGGUGAAAAAAUAGAGACAGACACUAGCUUGAAAAAAAUCGCAAAAGCUGUCGUUCAAGAAUGUGGUGGAUUGCCACUCAUCAUUCAAGCUGUGGGAAGAGCCUUGAGAAGCAAAUCCAGUCCUAUAUGGGAGGCGACACUGGAUAGGCUACAAAAACAUGCUCCUCUAGAUAUCGCUCCUGAGAUAAGGAAGGCGUUUACUCAUUUGAAGCUGAGUUAUGAGUAUCUUGAAAGUGAAGAAGCUAAAUCGUGUUUCUUACUAAGUAGUUUGUAUAGAGAAGAUGGAUCCAUUCCGAUUACAGAUUUGGUAAGCUAUGGGGUGGGUCUAGGGAUAUUUAGUAAUCUCGAUAGUAUUCAAGAUGCAAGAAAUAGAGUUCAAAUUGCAGUUGACACUCUCAAAUCAUCUUUCUUGUUAUUGCCAACGGAGUACAAAGAUCUUGUUGAAAUGCAUGACGUUGUUCGUGAUGUGGCAUUGUUAAUAGCUUCUAAAGGUAAAGACAAUUUUUUGGUGAAUUCUGGAAAACGUUUGAGAGAAUGGAAGCCAACAAAGAAUACUUCUGAAAGCUACACGAAGAUCUCUCUCAUGUAUAAUAAAAUUUCUGAGCUUCCUGAUCAAGACCUUCAAUUCCCUUUUCUUGAUACCUUCAUUAUACGAGGAAAUGAAGUUUCAUUUGUCCCUGAUGAAUUCUUUCGAGGAAUGAAAGAAGUUAAAGUUCUAGAUUUGUCUUAUAACAAUCUCUCCUUCCUCCCACAAUCAAUGAAACUGCUCAAAAAACUCCGCAUGCUUGAUCUAACUGCGAACGAUGGCAUCAAUGAAAUUUCUUUACUUGGGGAGUUAAAAGACCUUGAGAUUCUAAUGCUUGGAUUUACUCGAAUUGAACAGAUUCCUGAAGAGAUUGGUCAAUUGACCAGUUUAAGGAUGCUGAAUCUUGAGUGGUGUGACUCUCUAUCAUGUAUAACACCUGGUGUCAUAUCAAGGCUCACUUGUUUGGAAGAGUUGUACAUUUUGCACUGUCGUGGAGAUAUUGCUGAACUUAGUCUUGUGGAACUAAGUAAGUUGAAGUCGUUUAGAACUCUACAUUUAUUUGUGUAUAAUCCUGGUUUUUUCUCCAAAGGUACUGCCGAAUUGGAAACAUUAUCGGGGUUUUAUAUUCAAAUUGGUGACAGAUCAGAUUAUGUUUUUUCAAUACAGAAAUCUCAUAUACGACGCCUACUGUAUAUUGCUCGUGUUGGGAACGUAUUUACUGAUUCAGUGAAGAAACUGAUUCAGGUAAGUGAGUCUAUUGUGUUGGAGUCGAUAGAAGAUAUGGAUAGCAUUCUACCAGACAUGUAUGAAGAGAAUUUUAAUGAUUUAAAGUCUAUCACUUUGCGUGGUUGUCACAAUGUUUCAUGCUUGGUGAAGACUAUGGAACAAGAUACAAUGCAAAUCUUUGGUGAAAGUGAAACAAAGGAGAAGUUUUUCGCCCAAAUGGAAGAAAUCAUCUUGGUAGAUCUGCAAUGCUUGGAGCUUCUAUGGGAUUGCCCACAUCAAUAUAUAAGCUUUGGUAAUCUACAAAUAAUCAAAAUUAAAGGCUGCCCCUCCUUGGUAAGUCUAAUUCCAGUAGCUGUAGCACAAGGGCUUGUGAAUCUGAGUGAGAUAGAGAUUCAAGAUUGUGAUAAUCUUGUAGUAGUGAUUUCGGCCAGUGAUGAACAUAAAAAUGAUGGUGAAAUUGAGCAAAUAGAAGGCACUGAAAUUGAUGUAGAGAUCGUGUUCUCUUGCCUUACCAGUAUUAGCUUGAGUGGUUUAUCUGGACUUGAGAGCUUCUACUCUGGUCAUUCUACCAUCAAAUAUCCUUCUUUGAAGUUUAUAAAGGUGGAAGGUUGUGUAAGCAUGACUAGAUGGGGUCAUGGAGUCCAUGUUAUACCUAACAUCAAAUUUCAUGAUCAAGGAAGAGAUUGUUCCAUCAAUGAUAUCAUCGCAAAUGAGGCCAGUGGAGAAAUAGAAUUUGGAAGUCUGAAAUGAUGAUUAAAAAAGUACAUCCCUAAUGAAACACAUGGUACUAGUGAAUGGAUUUUAUAGUAUGUUUUUUUUUUCGAAUGAUAUGUUUAAUAUUGUAUCGUGUGUAUAUAUAU